UUGGCGACCGCGCUAUGCAUUGUGGUCUGGUAAACAACUGGACAUCGCCGGUGUGGUGCGUGCGACGUGAAUUUGCUGUGAAUUUUGCUGUGAUUGUGAAUUUUGACAGAAAGUUUACUAACAAACAAGUUCCCUGCUUAACCGGACAGGUGUACCAAGGGGAGCGCGACAUUAAGAUGUCAGCUGAAAUGCCCUGCAAAUAUCCGUUUUAAUUAGACCCUCGAGACGCAGAGCGAUGAGAGGGACGGAGAUUGGACUUAAACGUUCAGCCAUCGUGAAUUCUUAACGAUCAGAUGCAUUCUCCUCAGUUGGCAUAAAGAUCCGCGGCCAACCGUUCGCAAGCCGCAGAAUUUUUUUUAUCCUCGCUUUUCUGGAAAGUGGAGAGAACAGGCAGGAGUAUUCGUCUAGAAGGAUCAGUGACAGUGCUUGCACUGUGAAGAUUGGUUGUUCGGGAAACCGGAGAAACGAAACUUUAUCUUUACGUUUCCAACAGUUGGACGCAUCCACGUACUAGCUUCAGGAGAUUUUGAUAGAGAUAACUGGAGACAAGCGACGAGAGAUAUCUACAUUCCGGUGAUCGUAUCGUGGGUUUUGAAACCAGUUGGAGAAAUCCUACCUGUGAUACGAGAAACUGAACUGCGUGCUUGACCUUUAAAGUUCUGGUACAAAACGGGCCGGUAAACAAGGGUGGAGAAUCGAUGAGCGUCUUGUUCCAAAGGUUGCGAUCCGGGGAAAUUUGAGCCAAAAUUCUGAGUGUUGAGUUUAAACCAGAAGACAGGUUAAAGUUUCACCAGAAUCUGACGUCAAGAGAAUACAAGAAGCUUGUUGGAAAUGUCAGAAUCUGUUUGAGGAAUUCAUACUUUUAAGAAUUGCAGAAGAAAAGUACAAAACAAUUGUAAAUAGAAUCAUAAAAAAGCAGGCGUCUUAAAUUUGUGAAGCAUCAUCAAUUGAAAAUCAAUGCUAAUUUUGUUAAUUUGUUAAAAAAAGGUUGAUCAGCAUUUCUCAAAGUUGGUACAAAACUCGAAGCAAGUGUUCAAUGAUGAAUUUGUCAUCUUCGAGCUGAUUUCAUCAAUUUACGAAAGUUGUCUACUAAAUAUCGUGACAGUCGAUUCUAAAAAUGCGUUCCCUUCCCUUCGAAACAAAGGGGAAGAGCGGCCAAUCACAAACUGGAACAAGGUAACACCAACUUUUCUCAAUUACCCCUGAAAAAGGUCAAAUUUGACUGAUAUUUGAUCUUCCAAAAAAGUAAGCAAAAACUUGGGACCACCAAAAUGCCGCCGUCUUCGGGCGAGCUCUGGGGCUCGCAUUUUAUGCCAGCCAAGAUCAACAUUGAGUGCCUCCUUCCGACGGGAAUUAUCGUUCCCCUGGAGUGCGUGCGCGAGGCCACGCUGGAGAACGUCAAAGCCCUCCUGUGGAAGGAGGCCAAGAAACUCCCCCUCGCCAACAAGCUGAGCGAGGCCUCGUCCUACAUCUUCGUCACCAUUACCCAGGAUGCCGAGCGGGAGGAGUUUUACGACGAGGGCCGGCGGCUGUGCGACCUGCGGCUGUUCCAGCCCUGGCUGAAGGUGGUGGAACCGGCGGGGAACCGGGAAGAAAAGAUGCUCAAUUACGAAAUAGGCACGGCCAUUGGCAUGCCCGUGACGGAGUUUGACUCCAUGAAGGAUCCCGAGGUCGUGGAUUUCCGCCGCAACAUCCUGACGCUGUGCAAGGAAGUCGUUGAGGAGCGGGAGAUGCAAGGCAAGACCGAGCACGCCAUGUACGUCUACCCGCCCAACAUGUACGUCUUACCGGAACUGCCCAAACACAUCAUGCAAAAACUGGACAGGGGUCGGGUCACCAUCUGCAUUUGGGUCAUCUCCUCCAGCGGCGACAGCAUGAGCUACACCUGCAAGAUCGCCCACGACUGCAAACCCGAGGACAUCAUCGCCGAGACGAUCCGCAAACGUACAGAGAGCAUGGCCCUGUCGCCCAAUCAGCAGCAGCGCUGCGUGGAGGAGUACAAGGGCACUUACGUCCUUAAAGUCUGCGGCUGCGACGAGUACAUCAUGGACAACUACCCCAUAUCGCAAUUUAAGUACAUCCGCCAAUGCAUCCUCCGUAAGAAGACCCCCAAGCUGAUCCUGAUGGCACGGGACAGCCUCCUGAACAGCCUGCCUGAGGUGACCUUCCCCCUCCCCUCUUACAUGAGGCGGGCUCCGCCCACCCUCCCCAGGGACAACCUGCAGGCGAAGUGUCUGUGGGACGUCAGUGACUACUUCAAGGUCAAGAUCAACUGUGCAAUGUAUGUCAACGUCAAGGAACUUGACAAGAUCUAUGUGCGCUCAGGUAUCUACCACGGCUCAGAGUCCCUGUGCCCCCAGGUCAUGACGGAGCACGUCCCCUGUUCCAAUCCCCGCUGGAACGAGUGGCUGACCUACGAGCUGCGCAUCCCGGACAUACCGCGCAGCGCCCGGCUGUGCGUCUCCAUCUGCUCAACCAGCAAACGCAAAGGCAAAAAAGAGUCUGUCUGCAUCGCCUGGGGUAACGUCAAUCUCUUUGACUACACCAACCGCCUGCAAGCCGGGAGUCUGCGCCUCUACCUCUGGCCCCUCCCCCAGGGCCACGAUGAGCUGCUCAACCCCUUCGGCCAGACUGGUUCCAAUCCCAACAAGGAUGCGCCGUGCCUGGAGCUGGAGUGCGAGCGCUACAAGUACAGCCUGGUCUUCCCGCAGUUUCAGGAGAUCAGCGAUCAUGCCGCCAACGUGCCCUCGAAGCCGUCUAAAAUACCAUCGGUUGAGGAGGCUAGAUUACUAGACGAGAUCAUCCGACGAGACACGCUGCAUGAAAUGUCAGAACAAGACAAAGAACUAGUCUGGGAUUGCAGGUUAUACUGUCAAGCGAGACCAAACUCUUUGCCCAAGCUGCUCAACGCUGUCAAGUGGAAUUCCAGAGAUGAUGUAUCACAGCUGUACAUCCUACUCAAAGACUGGGACCUCGUAGACAAUGAGACAGCGUUAGGUCUUCUAGACUGCAGCUACGCGGAUCUCGGAGUCAGAACCUUCGCUGUGGAAUCGCUGGAACAGAACCUGACAGAUGAGGAACUAUUACAGUACAUCCUGCAACUUGUCCAGGUUUUGAAAUACGAAUCCUAUCUGGACAAUCCUCUGGCACGGUUUCUCAUGAGAAGGUCCCUCUACAACCAGCGCAUUGGACAUUUCUUCUUCUGGCAUCUCAGGUCUGAGAUGCACAAACCCAAAGUCAGCCAGAGGUUUGGCCUGAUGCUGGAGGCCUACUGCCGAGCCCUAGGACCGUACCUCAAGCUCAUCGUCAAGCAGGUCGAGGCCAUCGAUAAAUUGACAAACCUGACCAUAUCGCUCAGCGUGCGCAAGGACGACACCAGUAAAGACCGGCUGAAAUACCUGUCGGACCAGAUGCAGCAGGCAGACUUCAUCGACGCCCUCCAGCACUUCCCCCUGCCGCUCAACCCCACCUUCACCCUGGGCAAGCUGAAGGUGGAGGACUGUCGUAUCAUGUCCUCGGCCAAGCGCCCUCUAUGGCUGGUCUGGGAGAACCACGAAUUGAUGGCCGACGCCAUGUUUGCCGACAUGAAGAUCAUCUUCAAGAAGGGUGACGAUUUGCGGCAGGACAUGCUGACGCUGCAGAUCUUUGAAAUCAUGGACAACAUUUGGCAGAUGAACGGGCUGGACCUCAAUAUGCAACCCUACAAGUGUUUAGCCUCAGGUAAUGCCACCGGUUUGAUCGAGGUGGUUCAGAACUCACUGACGAUUUACGACAUACAACACAAAGCCGGCAUCAUGGGGACCCUACAGCUGAAGAGCAGCGUGUUGCAUCAGUGGAUCAAGGAGAAGAACAAGGGAGAUCAGUAUGACGAUGCCAUCGACAUGUUCACCAAGUCCUGCGCCGGAUACUGCGUGGCCACUUUCAUCUUGGGUAUCGGGGACCGGCACAACGACAACAUCAUGCUCAAUGAGAACGGACAGAUUUUCCACAUCGACUUUGGUCACUUCUUGGGUCACAUCAAGAAGAAGUACGGUAUCAAGCGGGAGCGCGUCCCCUUCGUGCUGACGGAGGACUUCCUUCGAGUCAUCACCAAGGGCAAUGAUAUCAACAAGAGUCCGGAGUUUAAAAAGUUCCAGGAGCUAUGCUGCUCGGCCUACCUCAUCCUCCGCCGCUCGGCCAACCUCUUCAUUUCCCUCUUCUCCAUGAUGCUGGCCACGGGCAUCCCAGAGCUGCAGUCCAUCGACGACAUCUCCUACCUCCGCAAGACCAUGGCGGUGGAGAAGGAAGAAGCAGAGGCCGUAGAGUACUUCAUGAAGCAGCUGAAUGAGGCCCACGGUGGUGGAUGGACCACUAAGAUGGACUGGCUGUGCCACGCACUUAAACACGGCAUCUAGAGACACUUCAAGGUAG